AUGGAAGAACUGGCAGCGUACGGGUCUAGACCAGCUCCUACCGGCAGUGACAGCCUCGCACCGACGCAUGAAAUGCACGGCGUCCUUACAGGCCCCGAAGUGGCUGCAGCUGUGGACGGCAACCAGGAGGCAGCAAGCCAACGUGACGGCGGGGACAGUGAAGCCAGCGACGCUGGUGACGACGACGAUGUGGGAGACAGCGACGAGCUGGACGACAGCGGGGACGAAGCCUUCACCCCCGACUCCCAGGCGUCCAGCGAAGAUGAGGAGCCGCUGACAACAGAGAGCGGCGACAGUGAUGGCAAUGCUGAAGGCGCUGUUGAUACUGAGGACAUUAGUAUCUAUUUGAAGGAGCACGAUCUUUGGGGUCAAGUUACUUCGAUUAUCCAGAAAGAUGCCUGUGACAACCGCUGUGUCGAUGGCAAGACCAAGCAGCUGGAGUCUUUUGUUCGCUGUCAACGAUGA